AUGGAGGGCAGCGACGAUUUUGAAUCUUUUUCGCUCAUCGAAGCACCUUCCUCUCCAGUCCCGGAAAGAAAGCUAAAACGAUUGAAGAAAGCUAAAACUCUCGUAGAGAAUUCACCUAAAUUUGAAGCCCUGAAUUUCAAUAAAUCAAAUAUCCAAGAUUCCGAGCAAGAGAAACUUCAAACCCUAGAUUUGGAGACGUCAACUGGCCAAGAUGAAUUCGAAACCUUAGAUUCCAAGAUAUCAAAUAUCCAUUGUGUCAAGGAAGGGGAACUUGAAACCCUAGAUUUGGAGAAGUCAACUAGCCAAGAUUUGGAGGAAUCCAAUUCUGGAUCGCAGUCCGGAUUGGAGGUUUUUGAAGAUGAGAACGGAUUGGAUUCCGGUGCUGAUAGUUUAAGUAUGCAGGAGGAUGUAUCUGGUGCUAAGAGGACUUUAAAAUUUGAUUCUUUGUCUGAGGAAUUUGAUGGAAGAAGCCAAGAUCAAUUUGAUGUCAUGGAAAUGGAAAAGGAAAAGGAAAGUGAGGAUAUGAGAGAGGAUUAUUGUGAGAAAAAACGACUACAUUCUGAUGCAUUUGGGGAUAAGAAGGAUAAAAAGAAGAGAGUCAAGAGUGUUGGUGAUGAUGAAAAGCCUAAAUCAACUGUUGUCUUAAAAAGAACUGCUAAGGAGAGAAGAGAACAGCUAAAGCAACUCCGUGCUGAGUCUCAGAGACUGUUGCGAGAAACUAGAGAUGCAGCUUUUAAAUCUGUUCCCCUUGUUCAAAAGCCUAUAUCUUCAGUUUUAGAGAAAAUUCGGCAAAGGAAGUUAGAGGCUUCAAAAAAGUCUCUCAAAUUGAGCAAAACUUCUUUUAUUGAUGAUGAUGAUGAUGGUGAUGAUGAUGAUGAUGAUAUUUUAAGAGAGGUCGGGGUCAAGGCUGGUUUUGAAAUUGCCCACAAUGAGGAUAGAGGAGACGAGAAGUCCCCUAGAGCUGUGAGUGAAAAAGCUAUUCCCCAUCCUGCUGAUGUGGAGAGUAGUUUAGGUGUCUUCUUUACCGAUGCAUCUAACAGUACUGCACAUCCAUCAAGUCAUGAAAUUAUCCCCCCUCAGAUGGCUGUGGAUGAGGAACCCAAGCAAGCAUUUCGAGCUCCUAUUGAUGAUACUCAGGACCUCUUUGCUGAUUCACAAAUAAGUGGUUCCAAAGAUGAGCUCCCAGAUGAGAAACCCAACAGUCCUCUUGAAGAAGUUCUGGCACCAUCCUUACUUGCUUUGAACCUGAAGCUUGAUUCUGUUCUUCCUGAGGAUGAUUCUGAAGAAGAGGAUAAUGACAAAGAGAAUAUCAAUCCUUCUCUAGAAAAAUUGGAUGGCUUGUCUUUGUCUCCAAAUGGUGACCCUGUUAAAGCAUUUGUUGACGAUGAAGCUGAAGAAGAAGAUGACAGUGAUAAUGACCUAUUGCGUUUCCAAGAUAAUGAAGAAGAUGAGGAUAUUGAUGAUGUUGAAGAACUCAAGGAUAUGAUAGCAACUGAAUAUAAAGAAAAACCAAUUGACACUGAAAGGCGCAAUGAACUCCAUCAAAAGUGGCUUGAGCAACAGGAUGAAGCUGGAACAGAAAAACUUUUGCAGAGAUUUAAAUGUGGUUCAAAAGAGAUAGAAAAAACUUUGUUGGAAGAAGAAGAAGAAAAGGAAGAGGAAAGUGAAGAAGACAACGACGAGUUUGGUAAUGAAGAUACUGAAGAUGUAGCUCCAGCAAAUGUUGUGAGAAUGAAUCUAAGAAAAGUAAAGGAAAUGAUUCCUCAAAUGUUUACAGAUAAGGAUGAUGCAUACAUAUCAUCUGAUGAUGAAGAAACUGAAAAGAGUAUAGUUAAGCAGUGCCUGUUUGAGAAAUCAGAAGAGCAGGCUUCAUUUUUGUCACCGGCAGAGGAUAAAGACUCUAAAGAAGUUUUUAGUCUCAUAAAGAAGCUGAAUAUUGUGCCUGACUCUAGGAGAAGGGUAAAAGCAUCAGGUAGAAGUAGUAAUAUCCUUUCCUCAUUUUUUAGUCAUAGCGAUGACCUUUAUGUCACCAAGUUCACUUCUCUUUCUGAAAUGUUGCUUAUAGGACACAAGGCAGUGUCGUCAAAGCCAUCUUUCCUAGGUCGAGGAGCAAGCCAUUCUCUUCCAUUACCUAAGAAGCAUGGCUCAAGCAUGAUGCGCUCUUUUAUCUUUGAGCGAGAUGAUAGCAAUAGCAAGAGUACAAUCUCAGUCUCAGAAGGCUCUUCAGAAACGAUUCAGAGGGAGAAUCAACCUACAAAAACUGCCUCAACUAGACUUUAUAAUUCACAAAUUAAAUCUAGUACUCAAAAUACAAAAGCUGCAGCACAAAUGAAAUCAGGCACUGCAUUAUUUGAAAUAUUGAGACGUUCUUCAUUGCAGUCCAGCCAAUGCACGCAGGACAGUGUGGCUAACUACACCGAAUCAGUAUUAGCUACGUUCAGAUUGCAGAAGCCAAUAAAGAAAGAACCUAAUAUGUCUACAAGAACACUUUAAGGUUCUUUGCCCAUAAAGUGUUCUAAAUUAUGUUUAAUGUUGAUGGUUUAUAGUCAGGUAAUGUAUCUGUUGAACACUAAAUGUAGAAACGAAAAAGCAAGACGGGAGCACAUGAUGCCUCUUGUUCAUCAUUGGGAUGUCUUGACUGCUUUCCAAUUACACAGAAAUGCCCUGAUAGUUUUAUAUUUGAAAUGCUGGAUUAUAUUGCUUUUGAAUCGUUAUUCGAAAUGAUCUGUUAAUUUUGGUCUUCUGGGUGACACUGUAAAGCGACUAGGAGCACAUUUUGGCAGUCAAAUUUGCUGAGAUCUGGUGAUGCCGUCUCUGUUCUACUCUACAGGUUGUCUUCACGUCAAAGAUAUCCAUUUGGUUUUCUUUUGAGCAUGUCGAUCAGCGGGGGAAUAGUUUCAUAUUUAGGCGUCUUC